AUGAAGAUUAAUUUCUUUGUGCUGCUGUUUAUAGCUAUAUUUAUUCCUUUGAACAUUGUGGCCAUUAGAUAUGGUUAUGAUAGUGAAGAUGAUUCCUUUGAGGAAAGAACAUCUAAAAGCCGCAAAGUAAAUUACCGUCAUAAUUAUAGUGAAGAAUAUGAAGAACAUUAUUAUUAUGAAGAUGAGGAACCAGAGAAACCGGAACCGAAGGCAGAAGAGCCUAAACCUGAGCCGACUGAGAAAUGGACUCUUGGUAUGGAUUUAAAAAUAUACCCUUAUAAUAGGGUUGCCCUUGAUUUUCUAAAAUGCCGAAAAAAGUGGCAACCCAAGAAGGGUCUUGAUUCAAUUAUCAAUCCCAAAUUCUUGGAAGGUCUCAGUCGCAAAAAUUUUAUAUGUAGUUGUUUAUACACUUGAUUCAUUCGGUUUACCAAACCAAUUUUAUACCAAAAAUAUACAAAAAUAUACACCAGAUAAUCUAAGUUA